CAACAGCCUUGUUUACUUCAUGAACCCACCCUUCUGAUCUGAAGAGAAUCACCUCUCACUAACCUCUUCAUUUUGGCUCACAGACACACAGUGGAACACUUGUCACCCCAGUAGCUCCCAGUCCUGUGUCUCUGACCAUUGGUAACCAUGAUGCAGGUUUGGAUACUCUCACUACUGCUGCCUCUCACACUGUCAUUCUCUGGUCUACAUGUUGAUCCUAGCAAAAUUCAUGCUUUCCCAGAGAGACACAUAGCCGGGGUGUUUCUGGUCAGCUACACAAAUGACCUCAACCAGUUUGCCUAUGCCUUUAAUGCCUCUGAGGCCAGGGAGGUGUGCUGGUCUCUGGGUGCAACCAUGGCCUCCAAUUCCCAGGUUGAGGAGGCUCAGAGACUGGGCUUGGAAACAUGCAGGUUUGGGUGGAUUGAUGAACAUUUUGCAGUGAUACCUCGUAUUGAGGCCAGUAAAACCUGUGGUCAAAACCAGACCGGUGUCAUCAAAUGGAGAGCCUCUGUCACCAAACUUUUUGAUGUGUUCUGCUUCAAUGCUUCAGGAGCGGCCUCACCCCCCUCUACCUCCCUCUCUCCAGCCAUCAUUCAUCUUGUCCCUUCCACACAGUCCGCACGGCCCACCUCUCAUUCUCGCUCCUCCCUUCUCUCUCUCAGUAGUUUUUCUGAUAACCCAGAGGAGGUAGAGGUAGAGCUACCCCAGUCCAUGAGCAGUGCAAAGUCUUCAAUUGGAGCGGUGCCAAAAGCAUUACUUAUCACCUCGGCUAUUGUUCUUCUUCUGACUGCAAUGGCCGUUCUCUUGUACUUUAGAAAGAUCAAUGGCCUCAAGAGUAUUCUCCUCUGCUGGGAUGGGGAGCAGCAGAACGAGUACAUUGAGACAGAGGAGUGUGCAGCACACACCUGUAUGAAGGACACAAAGGAAGCCCAGACUAAGGGAGAAGCUAAGGCUGAGCCUGAAGAGGAUGUGUGCAAAGAGACCGCCGGUGACAUCAGUGUGAAUAUCAGUGAUGAGACCAACACUGAUUCAGCAUCAGAGACAAAACCUUGAUGCUUUAGAUUAUGUAAAACCAAAGAUAAGAUCAGGCUGCUUUUUUAAAGUUAUGUUCCUGCUUAUGGAAGUUUUGUUUAGUAGUUUGUACAAUGUGUGCAUUGAUGUUAUUCAAAUGCAUUUAUUUAUAGCAUGGGAUGCCUUUACAAUUUUGCUUCGAAAAGUGACUUUGUGUCGUUCAUAUUCAAAAUAGAUUGUUCUAGAGAUCAUCCUAUAUUUUGACCACUAGAUGGCGAUGUCAUCAAGGCAAUUAUCGCUGCAGCUUGGAUGAGUUGAGUAGCUGAAUUGAAAAUGGGUUCAUAUUUUCUGCUACACAGAUUCAUUUGAUGACUUCAGAUAAAGUUAGUCAGUAUGCCAUGGCCAUUGCAUGUUAAAUCAUGUGUUUUAACUAAUGCCAAUCUUGAACUGAUGCAAUAAAUUCAAACAUUUUGUU